UAAUGAUUAGUGAGACCCAAGUGGAGGUUUGGUGAGAGGCCGGCUGUGUGUUGUCCUCAACAUUAGGCAGUAGGACUUCCAGCCCAGCAAUGCCCCCAGGCCUCUGGGGGAGAUGCUUCUGUGUGUGGGGACUCUUUUUGCGGCUCCAAGUUGGAUGUUCAGCCAUGAAAAAUAUUCACAGAUAUCGUUUACCACAGUGAUGCAACCUUUAAUAAGGGAUGCACCUCCCACCCCACAACCAAACUGCACUGACUUCCAGAAUGCCAAUCUCCUUCAGGGCACCUAUCUCAAAGUCCGGUUUCUCCUCUUUACACCUUCGGAUCCUAGCUGUGGGCAGCUAGUGGAAGGAAGUCAUGAACUCCAAAACUCUGGGUUCAAUGCCACUCUGGGAACCAAGCUAAUUAUUCAUGGAUUCAGGGUUUUAGGAACAAAGCCUUCCUGGAUUAACAGAUUUGUAAGAGCUGUUCUACGAGCAGCAGAUGCUAAUGUGAUUGCCGUGGACUGGGUUUACGGGUCCUCAGGGAUCUACUUCUCAGCCGUGGAGAAUGUGGUCGAGCUGAGCCUGGAGAUCUCCCGUUUCCUCAGGAAACUUCAGGCGCUGGGGGUAUCGGAGUCUUCAAUCCACAUCAUUGGUGUUAGCCUGGGGGCCCACGUUGGGGGCAUGGUGGGACAUUUCUACAAAGGCCAGUUGGGACGAAUCACAGGCCUGGACCCUGCUGGACCCGAGUACACCAGGGCCAGCCUUGAGGAGCGCUUGGAUGCCGGAGACGCCCGCUUCGUGGAAGCCAUCCACACAGACACUGACAAUUUGGGUAUUCGGAUUCCUGUUGGACACGUGGACUACUAUGUCAACGGAGGCCAGGACCAACCUGGCUGUCCCACGUUCAUUUAUUCAGGUUACAGCUUUCUGAUCUGUGAUCACAUGAGGGCUGUGCAUCUCUAUAUCAGUGCCCUGGAGAAUUCCUGCCCCUUGAUGGCCUUUCCCUGUGGCAGCUACAAGGCCUUCCUUGCCGGACAGUGUCUGGAUUGCUUCAACCCUUUUCUGCUGUCCUGUCCAAGGAUAGGGCUGGUGGAAGAAAGUGGCAUCAAGAUAGAGCCGCUCCCCAAGGAAGUGAAAGUCUACCUCAUGACCACUUCCAGUGCUCCAUACUGUGUGCAUCACAGCCUCGUGGAGUUUUACUUGGAGAAGCCGAGAAACAAAGACACCAACAUUGAGGUCACCUUCCUUAGCUGUAAUGUCAGCUCCUCGGUCAAGAUCACCAUACCUAAGCAGCAACUCCAGGGGAAAGCAAUCAUAGCCCACUCCAACCCUCAGCGCCAGAUAAACCAAGUGACACUCAAGUUUCAGCCUUCCCGACAGCUUUGGAGAAAAGACCGGACUAUCAUUGCCGGGAAGUUCUGCACUGCCCCUUUGCCCAUCCAUGACAAUGAAAAUAUGGUCUGCUUACCUGAGCCAGUGAACUUACAAGCAAGUGUGACUUUUCUUCAUGACCUGAAAAUAGCUGGUGUAUAAUCUAGCAAAGCCCAUCGAGUGACUCAGAACAGAAGCCAGUGGGCAAGAAGCACAUCGUCAGGGCCCAAACAGGCCCAGGCACAGGGCGAGACAGAAGUGGCUGGAGAAGGAAGGGGACGGGGCUGGGGAGCGAGCGCAGCUUCACCGCUUUCCCUACAUUCGGGUUCCCCUUGCAUUCUUCUGUUCUUUAAAUUUACUUUUUUAAAAAAAACUUCAAUAAAUGUGCUUUAAAACAGAAACUACUGACUUGUUGAUUCACUCUCCACAAUAAAGACAGGAAGAAUGAUGUAAGCAACAGGCUAUAGUUACCCCGUCUGGGCCAAAUUAUCUGGACAACCAGGAGACAGAGCUUCAGCCUUUAUCCAGGCUGUGAAAACGCAAGCUAAAGGGCAAUGUGAAUAUUCACAGCGAUGCUUAAUCUUCUUCACUGUUGUUAGCCCAAUGGGCCUCAGCUAAGACAGAAAGGUGUCAGGCCU